GCCCUCGUACUCUGUCCAUCGCCCUGCUGCCGCCGCCACUCCUUGUCCCCGCUGUAUUCUAGUCGCGUUUCUGCCUUGGUACGACGCCGACGAACUCUGUAAUCUCAACACUACCCUCGCAAGAUGGGUCUCUUUAGCGGGUGGUUCAAGAAGAGCCAGCCCGACGAUUACGAGCAGGUGCUCGCUGCGCUCUCGACCGACAUCCAGAAGCGACAGACUCACCUGUCCGAAAUCCGGUUGCGUGAGCGUCGCGCCACGCUUCUGUUCUCCGUCUACGCCAUUCUCCUAUGGAUUGUCUACACGAGCAUGUGGUAUAAGGACUUCCUCCCGACCCUCACCGCGCACAAGAGGAAUAGCCAGUUUGAGAAGACGGUGGAAGGCGUGCCGGUGUUCUUGGGUCCGAUUGUUAUUUUGUUCAUCAGGAGGAUUGUGCAAAUUUGGUAUACCCGCAUAGGAGAUGCAGAAGAGAAGGCACUGGUGAAGCUGCGGAAGUUGCAGCGGGAAAAGAUCGAAGAAGUCAAGCAGAAGACGAACUACUACUCUAUGCGAAACCUCAUCGAGCGCUACGAAGGCGGACCAGGCCCUACUCCUCCAGACACUCCUGCCGGCCUCCGCCAGCGUAUUCCGCCCCAAGGCCAACAAGGCCGGAUUCAGCAGCCUAUCCCACAAACUCCUCAACGUAAUCCGCAGGCUAUGCCUCAGACGCCUAUUGCCAGGACCAUGUCGCCCGGGCUUAAGCAGCAGCUAUCUCCUUCUCCGCAACGGCCUCUUCCGCCUCCGCGCAAGCAAUGGUUUGACAAGCUUGCGGACGCCAUCCUCGGAGAUGACGACGGGUCUACAACAGCUACGGGUUCGCGCUACGCGCUCAUCUGCCAGAAGUGCUUCUCGCACAAUGGACUUGUCAAGGAGAGCGUGUGGGAGGACGCACAAUACGUGUGUCCAAAGUGCGGGUACUUCAACCCCUCGGCACGCAAGAUGCGUGAAUUGCGCGAGGGGAAGAAGUCGCAGUCGCCGGAGGGGCGCUCUCCAGUCACGCCUGUGGCGCCCCAAGUUCCGAACGGCCAGUUCGCGCCUCCGCUUGGCGCCCCGGUAGCGGCAGAAGCGGGUCCUCAUGUCGCGCAGCGUGCGCAUGAGGAUGCAAGUAUGAGCAUGGAGGUGGACUCUUAGCGCGUAAUGCGCUGCAGUGGAGGCGUCGCGACCGUCGUCGCUUAUUAGGUUUGUCGUUCCGGCUGUGAAUUCAUUGUAUAUGGGUUUCCC